AUGGUAACUCCUCAAGACAAGCCCUUGAAGAAGAUGAAGUUUGUUUCAUCUGCUGAGACAGAACCAAGCAGCACGACAACAAUUUCUGAGGAUUCAAAGUCAGGUCGAGGUAUGAGCACAAUGCCUCGUGUUGUGAAGAGAAAAUUGCAGAAAAUCAAGCCAGUUGUUGAGUACAAUAAAAGGGGGAAAGGAUGUGGCCCUGCACAUACUGAGAUGCAGUCCUACAUUGGUGUGUUGGCACGCUCCAGAGUCCCACUUGUGGACAAGAAAUGGGCUGAAAUCCCCAAGGAUAUAAAGGAGCAGAUUUGGGAAGCCGUUGACAUGGCUUUUGUGGAGAGGGAGAAAUUAAGCCAACCCCCUGAAGUAUAUAAAUUCAUAGAGAAAGCAGAAUGGGAUGCCUUUGUAGCUUCAAGGUUAUCCAAAGAAUUUGAGUCUGUGCAUUCUCAACAUUCACAGAUUAGGGAGAAACUUGAGUACAAUCAUCGAUUGUCUCGAAAAGGAUAUGCUGGUUUGGAGGAUCAAUUGGAGGAAACCAUGCCUGGGGUAGAAAUUGAUCGAUCUACCUUAUGGAAGAAAGCUAGACAGGACAAACAUGGUAACAUCCCGGAUCCAAAGGUGGCAGAGAAAGCAAAAUUAAUUUCUGAGUUAACUGGCAGUAAUGAUGUGUUGACCUUGGCUUUGGGUCCCGAGCAUCCAGGGAGAGUAAGAGGGGUAGGUGCUGGGAUUUCCCCUAGGCAAUUCUUCAAUUUACCUAGACCACAGAGGGUAAAGUUUGCCGAUCAAUUGAAGGAAAGUGUAAGAAUUGUCCUUCAAGAAGAGACUAAGAAGAUGGAAGCUAGAACCAAACAAUUAGUAGAGGCUGAGAGGGAACAUUUACUAAGUCAGCUUUCCCACCUCAUCCCCAAUUUUGAUCCAAGCAUGCUUAAACCGAAAACUAGCCCCUGUCAAAACCAAGGUCUACAGCAAAGUCCCAAAAAUCCAAUGUCUGAUAAAGCAAGCUGUUCUGGGGCUGAAGUGAGAUCCCUACAUUUAGAGGAUGAUACUGCCAGAAAUGGGGAACAGCAGGAAGAAACGAAAUCUGGGGCUUUAGAUAAUCAAGAUGAAGAGAAGAAAGAAGAAAAUAAAGAUGAACAGAAGAUGGGAGAAAAAAAGAUGAAGGGAAGAAGGAAGAAAAAAAGAGAAAAAGAUGAAGGCAAAAAGGAAGACACAAAUGAUGAAGAGAAGAAAGAAGAAAAACAAGAUGAAGAAAAGCAUGACGAGGAGGGUAAUGAAGUAGUUGAUUAUUCAAAUGUGGAGGUGCCAUCUUCCUUACAAUCCCUUUGUGGUUAUGUGGAAACUACACUAAAGCCACAGGGGAAGAUCAUGACCUUCAACAUUGAGAAGGAGGUGUUUGGUGCAGAUCGAAGUACCUUCGUCUUGCAUGAAGAUAUUACACAGUUUGCAGGCAUGGAAGAAAUUGGGGCUACUGUGGUUGCAGUAUAUAUGAGGUGCUUAUAUGAUCUUUUGAGAGAAGCAAAUAUGUGCAGCAUGGUUGGCUUUAUCGACCCUGCUCAAGUUAGUGCCAACGCUGGGUCACUAACUGACAGAUCACGAAUUGUAGCCAGUCGACUUCAGAAAACAGAUGGUGAACAGAUUUUCAUGAUGCCUUACAAUCCAGGCCGUCAUUGGGUCUUGCUGAUUGUGAGGGCAAAGAGGGAAACCGUCUAUUUUCUGGAUCCUCUGCCUGGAAAUCGUGUGGUUGAUGAGGAGGGCAAAAACAUCGUGAACAGUGCUUUAAAAAUUUAUAAUUCCCACAUAGGCAGACCAGGCCGUAAAGCACCAAUUUGGAAAACUCUGCCAGGCACACCAAAGCAACCCAGCAGUGUCGAAUGCGGGUAUUAUGUCAUGCGCUUCAUGAGGGACAUCAUCAUGGAUCCUUCCUUGGAGUUUGAGAAGAAGUUUGCCAAGGGAAAAGAUCAAGCGCCAUACCCCCAAGCAGCCAUUGAUGAAGUCAGGAAAGAAUGGGCAGAGUUUGUUUGCCUUCAUAUGGAUUAG